AUGGCUCCAGCUGGGACUGCUCGAUGGACAGAGACGAGACGAGCCAGCCAGCACAAUGAGCACCCGCCACCUGCUCUUCCCCCCCGUCUCCCCCUCCUCCGCCGCCCCCUCUCCACAAAACCCAACAGCGCCAUCGCUCGCGCCCUCCGCCGCUCAGAAGAGCGCCGCCCCCCCGCCACAGGCCUGAAAAUAACACGCACACAGCUCCGCUCGCCGCCGCCCCCCGUCCCCACGAACGGCAUAUGGACACCCCCCGGCGCCCCGCCUAGGCCAAAAGACGACUUCCCGCCGCUGCCGCCCCCGCGCGGCGUGCAUUCGCGCGUGUGGACGCCGCUGGGUGGUAGGGUGGAGGAGGAGCUGGGUGCGUAUGAUGGCGCUGCUGCGGCCGGGGUGGGCGGGAGGGAUGUGCCGGAGCCAAGGAGGAGGGAGGAGGGAGGGAGGGGGAGGGGGAGGGGGGUUGAGGAUCGUAUGCAGCGGGGAAGGGGUGGGCGGGAGGAGGCGCCGGUGCGACCGCCGCGAUCGUGGGGCGGGGAGCGGGAGCGGGAGCCGGAGAUGGAGUCGGAGGAGUCCUAUAGCUACUCAGCGUACAGGCCGUUCGCGACGACAGUGCGCACGUCGCCGCGAUUGGAUUCGCCGCCGAUGGAUAGGGAGUGGGCGCCGAAGCCGCGCAGGUUCAUCCCGAAGAUGGAUUAUGACGCGGAGUGGAUCUAUGGCGCGAGUGUGGUGGAGGCGGCGCUGAAGGCCGGCAGGAGGAAGUGUCUCAGGUUGUAUAUUUUUGCGGGGAGGAAUAGGGCGGAGGAGGGCCGGGAGAGGGAUGCGGAGAUGGCGGGGAUGGCGAAGCAGGCGGGCGCGGAGGUCGUGUGGGAGGAGGAUGUGGGCGUGUUGGAUAGUAUGAGUGAUAGUAGGCCGCAUAAUGGCUACGUCCUCGAAACCCACCCACUCCCAAAAACACCCAUCCUCGCCCUCGGCCCCGUCUCUCCUACGAAGAGCAGCCUCACACUCACCCUCGCCCAGCACUCCCCAACCAACACCCCCAUCGAAUCAUCAACAUACCCAACCAAGCUCUACUCCCGCUCCCCAAAGCCCCGCUACCCCCUCGUCCUCCUCCUCGACGAGAUCCUCGACCCAGGCAACCUCGGCGCAAUCCUAAGAAGCGCAUACUUCCUCGGCGUCACCGCCGUCUCAGUAUCGGCUCGGAAUUGCGCGUCGCUGUCCCCGGUCGCGUUGAAGGCGUCGGCGGGGGCGGCGGAGUUCUUGCCGAUUCUGGAACAUGCGAGGACCGAGAGGGUUGUGCAGGCGAGUGUGGAGAAUGGGUGGAGCUUUUUUGCGGCUGUGCCGCCGGUCACGAAGCAGCAGGGGAGGAGGGACAGGUAUUUUGUGGCCAGUGAGGUGGGGGAGAAGUUGUUGGAGGGGCCGGUGUGUUUGGUGGUCGGGAGCGAGGGGGAGGGGUUGAGGCAGGUGGUGAAGAGGGAGUGUGAGUUUUGUGUGGGGUUGGAGAGGGCGGUGGGCACGGAGAGGGUGGUGGAUUCGUUGAAUGUGAGUGUGGCGAGUGCGUUGUUGUGUAAUGCGUUCUUGAAGGGGUAG